UGAGUAACUAGGAAAAGUUACAAACUAAACACUGAAGAAAAUUGAUAGACAUUUGUUUUUUUUAAAGCAUCAAAACAAUUAGGAAUCAAAGAAAAAAUAAAUAAUCCUCUUCAAAGUUUAGAGACAAAUUUAUCAUUGAGACUUUUAUUAUCAAAUAUGAGUGAGGUUAUAAAAUCAAAUUCAGUGCCUAAUAUUAAUUUAAACAAUUCGAAGUUUAAAAAUUCUCAAAAGCCAGAUACAACAAAAAAUUUGGAUUCAAGUUCAUCGUCAGAGGACGAAACAUCUCAACAUUCAAAUAUGAAGAAGGUUAAAAAACAAGUUUCAAUGCAAAUUGAAAAAAUUGUGUUAUCAAGUUCUGAUUCAAGUUCUGAUGAUUCAAGUUCCUCAUCAAAUGAAAUUAUGAUUGAAGACAGUGACUCAAUUUUGGAUUCAAAUUCGGAUUCAUCAUCAGAUGAAUUAGAAAACGAAAAUGAAUUAUCAACAUUGAAAAAAAUUGAAUUUAAAUUAAAAACAAUUGAAAAAAAUAUUGAGAAAGUUGUUUCAAUAAUUAAAAAAAUCAAAUCAUUCAAAAUAACCGAGAAAGAGUUUAUUAAGAAAUAUAAGCUUAAUAUUCCAUUAAAAACAGAAACGAAAUUUAAACGAUUCAAUCAUAAUCUAAAAUUAAAAGAAGAAUUUCGAAAUGAUUUUAUUGCUUCAUUAUAUCCGUUAAUGGACAAUGAAAAAUCAUUGGCAAGAUGUUUAGUUAUUAUAAUAAGAAGAUAUUUAACUAGAGAACUUACUCAAAAAUUUACGCCGUUAAAAAAAAUGCCGAAUAAAGUACUUAUUAAGAAUACAGAAUUCUUUCAAUGUAUUCGAGGUGUUGCGUGUAAAACAUACAGGGAUUAUUAUACAAGAAAACGAAUGAGUGAAUAUAAAUUUGAUCAAGAGUUUUCUAAAGCAUUUAAUCAAGCAAAAAAUUAUUAAGAAAUUGUUGGAAUGACUAAAAUUUAAAGAUAUUCUUCUCUUAAAAUAAUGUUACAUCAAAAUAAGUUUAUUUUUUUUCUAAUCUAAAUAUCUUUUUACUAUUCUACUUUUUCAAAAUGACAUUUUUUCAAUCUUUAUGUAUUAAAAUUUUGUUUUGUCUUUUUCUUCUCAAAAACUAAAAAAAUGGUUCUUUGGAAAAAGAUUGAUUCUAUUAAAAAAAAAAAAGUUAAUUAUUAAAAGUAAGUGAUUCGUUCAGAAAAUAAUUUAAAAGUGUUUUUCUCUUCUAUUGUCAGUAAAU